GUGCUCGUUGGCGACAGCCUUGCCAUGGUCGCCUUGGGAAUGGAGGAUACCAGUGAAGUGACCAUGGAGGACAUGCUGCUGCACUGCCGGGCAGUUGCGCGAGCAACCAAGAGCGCCUUUACAGUCGGUGACUUGCCCAUGGGAUCCUACGAAAUCAAUCCUGAGAACGCCCUUCAGUCGGCUAUCCGUAUGGUCAAGGAAGGUCGCAUGAAGUCGGUGAAGCUGGAGGGCGGAAAGGAGAUGGCGCCCACCAUAUCCAAGAUCACCACAGCCGGCAUUCCCGUGCUAGCCCAUAUUGGGCUGACUCCUCAGAGGCAGAAUUCCCUCGGCGGUUUCAAAGUUCAAGGAAAGAGCACUGCUUCUGCACUGAAGCUGCUCGAGGACGCCUACGCCGUGCAGGAGGCCGGUGCUUUCGCCGUCGUGGUAGAGGCUGUUCCUCAGGACAUUGCUACGCUCGUCACAAAGAAGCUCCACAUCCCAACCAUCGGCAUCGGUGCGGGCAACGGCUGCUCGGGCCAGGUCUUGGUGCAGGUCGAUAUGUUGGGUCACUUCCCUCCCGGCCGCUUCCUUCCCAAGUUCGUCAAAAAGUACGGCGAUGUUUGGGGCGAGAGCAUCAGGGCCAUCGAGGCGUACAGGACCGAGGUCAAGUCCCGCGCGUACCCUGCGCCCGAGCACACGUAUCCCAUGGGCAUGUCGCGGGAGGAAUUCUCCGAGUUUGAGCGUUUGAUUGAGGAGAAGAGGGCCUCUCAAGUCUAACGCGGACGGGCGGUGGUGGCUUUAUCCUGGUUUUGGCGUUUGGAUGUGUCCUGUUUUUUGAGCGCAUACCCCUAUGCUACAUGUGCCCAUGUAGUGCGUACUGGCAUCAAGUUUGCCUCUUUGCUUUCGUAAUAUGUCUUGUAGAAGCCAUUA